AUGUCGUUGGAUGCUUAUGUCAAGGGCACAAACUGCUGGUUCACAGACGAUAAGGAGGGCUGGAUCAGCGCUGCCCUCACCACCAAAGAGGAAACUCCUGAUGGCAAGGUCACUCUAAAGUUUGUGGAUGAUAAUGGAAAGGAACAUUCCUUCUCAUCAACGCUGGCCAAGAUUCAGCAAACUAAUGGUGCUGACCUCCCUCCCAUGCGUAAUCCUCCACUCCUUGAGGGUACAGAGGAUCUUACGAACCUUUCAUAUCUCAACGAACCUGCCGUCCUGAGCAACAUUAGAACUCGCUACUCGCAUUGCAACAUCUAUACGUACUCUGGAAUCGUCCUUAUUGCUGCAAAUCCUUUCGCUCGGGUCAACCUCUACACUCAAGAUAUCAUCCAGGCCUACUCAGGCAGGAGACGUGGUGAACUGGAACCUCAUUUGUUUGCAAUUGCGGAGGAUGCAUACCGAUGCAUGAUUCGUGAUGAGAAGAAUCAGACCAUUGUCGUCUCUGGAGAGAGUGGUGCUGGUAAGACUGUCAGCGCCAAGUUUAUCAUGCGCUACUUUGCCACAGCAGACGAUAGCGAGCGUGGUACAGAUUCCUCUAAGACUGGCAUGAGUGAAACGGAAGAGCAGAUCCUGGCUACCAACCCUAUCAUGGAAGCCUUUGGUAACGCUAAGACUACCCGUAACGAUAACUCGUCCCGCUUCGGAAAAUUCACAGAGAUCCAAUUCGACAAAGAGCGUAAUAUUAUUGGAGCGAAGAUUAGGACCUAUCUUCUUGAGCGAUCUCGUCUUGUCUAUCAGCCAGAGCAUGAGCGAAACUACCAUAUCUUCUAUCAACUUGUCGCUGGUGCGCCACCAUCAGAGAAGAAGGAGCUUGACCUCCAGUCUAUUCCACAAUUCCAUUAUCUCAAGCAAGGCGGUGUUCAGACCAUUAAUGGUGUGGAUGAUGCCGCUGAAUUCGAAAUCACCCAGCGUGCACUUUCGACGAUUGGAAUUUCAGUCCAGUCUCAAUGGGAUAUCUUCCGUCUGUUAGCUGCCCUUCUUCACAUCGGUAACAUUCAGGUCACAGGCAGAAAUGAAGCCGUUAUUUCAGAAGACGAUCCUUCCUUGAUUACCGCUACUCGCAUCCUUGGUAUUCCUCUAAGCGAGUUCAAAAAAUGGCUUGUCAAGAAGCAGAUUACGACACGCUCUGAAAAGAUUGUCUCCAGCUUGAAAGUUGAUCAGAGUUUAAUCGUUCGCGACUCUGUGGCCAAAUACAUCUACUCAUCCCUGUUUGACUGGCUCGUCAAUAACAUCAACUCCAGUCUUUCAAGCGAGGCCGUUGCGAGCAGGAUUCAUUCCUUCAUUGGCGUGUUGGAUAUCUAUGGUUUUGAACAUUUCAAGAAGAACUCGUUCGAGCAGUUCUGUAUUAACUAUGCCAAUGAGAAGCUUCAACAGGAGUUCAAUCAACACGUCUUCAAGCUGGAACAAGAGGAGUACGUCCGCGAAAAGAUUGAUUGGAAGUUUAUCGAAUUUAGUGAUAACCAACCUUGUAUUGAGAUGAUUGAGGGCAAAUUGGGAGUUCUUUCACUCCUUGAUGAGGAGAGUCGUUUGCCUGCUGGUUCAGAUCAGAGCUGGUGCAACAAACUCUUUACUCAGCUUGGCACUGAAAAGCAUAAGAAGUGGUUCACCAAGCCUCGCUUCUCCAAUACGGCAUUCACAAUCUCACAUUACGCCCACGAUGUCACAUAUGAUUGUGAAGGUUUCCUCGAGAAGAAUCGCGAUACUCUCCCUGACGAAUUGCUAAAUCUCAUCAAGAACUCUGAAAACGAACUCUUGGAGGAGGUUCUUAUGACUAGUGCUACUCUUGGCGCUGGAGGAAGUUUGACUGAAGAUAAGCGUAAGAGUGUCAUCAACAGAAAGCCAACCCUCGGCUCCAUCUUCAAGGGUUCACUCAUCCAGCUUAUGGAUACUAUCAACUCCACUAAUGUACAUUACAUCCGUUGUCUCAAACCCAACGAGGCUAAGCAGCCAUGGGCGUUUGAUGCUCCCAUGGUGCUUGGUCAGUUAAGAGCCUGCGGUGUCUUGGAAACAAUCCGUAUCAGUUGUGCUGGCUAUCCUUCUCGCUGGUCCUUCCCUGAGUUUGUGGAGCGCUACUAUAUGCUUGUCAACUCUGAACACUGGGGCUUUGACACCCAAAAAAUGUGUUCUGCCAUUCUUGAGGCAACUAUUAAGGAAGCUGAUAAAUACCAAGUCGGCCUUACCAAGAUUUUCUUCCGCGCUGGUCUGUUGGCAUAUAUGGAGAAACUCCGUACUGACAAACUGAAUGCCUAUGCAACAUUGAUCCAGAAGAAUUUGCGCCGCUUCGUCUGCCAAAAGAAAUAUCAUCGCCAGCGCAAUGCCGCGAUCAAGAUUCAGGCAUUUGCUCGCAGAAUCAUUGCUCAAAAAGAGGCCCGAAAGCUUCGCGAAGAACGUUCUGCCAUUAUGCUCCAGACGUUCCUGCGUGGUUAUGUUCAGCGCAAGAAGUAUGUUGAAACCCGCAACCACAUUCUUCGUAUCCAAUGCGCUAUUCGUGCUAAGCAUGCUCGCCUCGCCUUCCAGAAGAUGCGCGAGACUAACGCCGCGACCAUGAUUCAGCAAGUCUGGCGCGGUAUUCAGGCUCGUGCCCACCACAAGAAGGAAAUUCGCGCUAUCAUUCUGGUGCAGUCUUGUAUCCGCCGUAGCAGGGCUCGCAAGGCUCUUCUGGAGCUCAAGGCAGAGGCUCGUUCUGUGAACCAUUUGAAGGAGGUAUCAUACCGUCUCGAAGGAAAGGUAGUAGAGUUGACGCGUGCCUUGGACUUGGCGAACCAACAGAACAAAUCAUUUGAUGCCCAGGUAGCGAGUCUUGAGAACCAAGUCCGAUUGUGGAAAGAGAAGUAUGAACUGUCACAGCAAACCAGUGCGAGGGAGCUCGCCCUUGCUGCUGAGAAUCCGACAGUACCCAAGAACGAGUUCGAAACACUCAAGGCAGCAAACGUUGAGCUUGAGUCCAAGUACAACGCAUCGGUCGAGAAGGUGAGGACGCUUGAUCAAGAAAUCAGCAAACUUACAGAAUCCCUUGCAAAGACCAAGGAAGAAAUUCAAAAGCUGGCCGCUCAAGCAAAGGCCAAGCCAGAGGAUUCCGAAACAGUCACAGCACUCAGACGUGAGAACCAAUACGUCCGCGAACAGUUGGCUCAACUGUCGAAGGCCACCGGACGCGACACGUCUAGUUUCCCAGUCUCAUCCAAAGUAAUGGCUGCACCCACUAGCGGGCAUGCCCAGACUCACACCACCCCCCCAACCCACAAUCAUCUUGCUCAAGAUACAAUUGACAAGUACGAAAACUCAUACUCGUUCACCAAGGAUACCCCGCACAAGAUCGUUACAGCGUUCCCUCCUAUUCCUCACUCAAAUAAUCUUGCUCCUAAGAUUAUUGGUCGCCACCGCAGCAACAGCACACCUGACAUUGCUUCGCUUGAGAAUGGCGUUCUUUUCAGGCCUCAAAAGACAACAAACAGUGUCUUUGACAACCUUGACAACCAUAGUCGCACCGCUAAGACUAUGUCAGGCGACGACUGGUCCAGACGCAUUAAUCGCUCACGUCCAAGCAUUCACAGUAUGGUCGAACAACCCGAGGUUGAGAUUAUGCAUAUCUUAGAGGAUGAGGAAGGACUUCAGGAAGAAGUUUUGAAUGGUUUAAUCAAGAAUAUGAAGAUUCCUUCACCCAGUCUUUCAAAUUUGCCAUUGAUCAAGGAGAUUAUGUUCCCCGCUCAUAUGAUUGGCCUCUUGACCACGCAGAUGUGGAGAUAUGGCUACAUCAAGGAGUCGGAACGCCUCAUGAUCAACGUGAUGCAAGCCGUUCAGCAGCAGUCCAUGGCAAUUGUUGGAGACGAUACCAUCAUUCCCUGCGCCUACUGGCUUUCGAACGUGCACGAGCUCUUAUCUUAUAUCUGCAUUAGCGAACAAGAAAUUACUCGUGAGGAACUCGUCGCUCGCUGUGGUGAGCAUUAUGACUGGGCUGAGUACGAACAGCUGGUAUCAACAGUCAAAUACGAAUUGGAAUGCCUUGAAUACAACAUCUUCCACGUCUGGAUGAAGUCGCUCAAGAAGCAACUUAAUAAGAUGAUUAUUCCCGCCAUUAUCGAAAGUCAAGCACUUCCCGGCUUUAUCACCAGUGACUCUGGACGUUUCUUUAACAAGCUUAUGGGCUCCGGUCCCAGCUUCAGCAUGGAUGACUUGUUGAUGCUGUUCAACAAGAUUUGGAAGGCUAUGAGCUGCUACUAUGUCGAACACAGUGUGGUUCGCCAGGUCAUGACUGAGCUCCUCAAAAUGGUUGGCGUUACAGGAUUCAACGAUCUGUUGAUGCGUCGCAACUUCUGCACAUGGAAGCGUGCCAUGCAGAUUCAAUACAACAUCACGCGCAUUGAGGAGUGGUGCAAGGGUCACGAUCUCCCUGAGGGUACAUUGCAAUUGGAGCAUCUGAUGCAGGCAACAAAGUUGUUACAGCUCAAGAAGGCAUCGCAUAGUGAUAUUGAGAUUAUUUAUGAUGUUUGCUGGAUGCUGACGCCUACACAGGUGCAGAAAUUGGUCCAGAACUACAUGAUUGCUGAUUAUGAGGUUCCUGUGAGUCCAGAGCUGAUUAAGGCGAUCGCCAUGCGCGUUGCGGCCAACGAGAAGAACGAUACAUUGAUGUUGGAUGCGAUCUCAUUGGAGGACGCUGGAUCAUUUGAAACUCCUGAGAUCCGCGACGUUGAUCUUGAUGGCGAACGCUACCUACCUCCUUGGUUGGUCAAUUUGAGUCGCUUGAAAUCACUGAUGCAUUUGGUUGUUGUAUAA